AUGACGGCGCUUUCGCUGUUCCAUCAGCCUUCUUUUGGAAACAAGCUGACCAACAUCCCCUCGGUGACGCAGCUAGUUGCUUUGCUGGCCUCCAUCCUCUCCUUCUCUGCCCGAUACCGGUUUGAUCCUUCAGGCAACUCUGCCCGCCCAGAAGACGGCGAACCUCUGGAUGACUCGCUUGGACUGUCGCUUCCACCCCAGUACUUCGAAGCCUUGUCUCAGCAGUACGUCGAUGAGGCGCUAAAAGAACACUCCCACGACGCCCCGCCUCUGUGCGUUCUCCAAGCCCUUGUCCUACUUACUUUCCAGGAGUUGAUCAAAGGCGCCCGGGGGUCCGCUUGGCGGCGGCUGGGUGUCUGUGUCCGGGUGGCAUAUGAGCUCGAUCUUCAUCAUGUUGACCGAGGCAACACACCGGAGCAGACGGAUCCGCAAAUUUGGACCGAGAUCGAAGAGCGUCGGCGCACGUGGUGGUUCAUUUGGGAGAUGGACGUCUUUGCCAGCACGAUACGACGCUGUCCGGCCGCGAUCGACUGGAGGGAUAAUGAGACGCGGUUCCCCGUGUGCGACGAAGACUGGUUCGCCCGAACGUUUCAACCUAGCUGCUUCUUGGAAACGAAACCGCUGGACAGGUUGAGAGUGCUCCAGCAGUGCGGGACGCAGAGUCCGAAGGCCUGGUUCAUCGUGCUCAACUCUUUCAUGCUGGAGGGCCACAUGUUUUCCAAGUUUCGAAGCCCACGUCCUGGCGGCGGUAAGUACGGGCCUUCGCGGCCAGCACCCAGAGAUUCGGCCAAGGACAAUACCGAGAGCUUGGCCAUCCUGGCCAACGCACUCCGAUGUUUUGGUAUGGCUCUUCCCAAACGUCUCCGGCACCGGGACCAAUUCUUGAGCUUUGGUGACAACGAUCCGGCCACGCGCGUGGCGACCCGACAGCUGCACAGCGCCAUGUACAGCAUUCACGUCACGACGCAGCUGACGCGCAUGAUGAUCAACCACCAGGAUGCGUAUCGGGGGGCGCAACAGGACCUGCGCCUCAACGAGAACGACCAUACGGACGGGUCGGCGACAGCGGAGGGGGGGUCGGUCAGUCUGCACCUGGGCCCGACGAGACAGGGGAUGCAACAGUACAUCGAAGCGGCCGACGAACUGUUACACAUUGUGUCGCGCAGUUCGGAACAUCAUGUGCGCUAUGUGAAUCCGUUUCUGGCCAGCACCCUCUGGUACGGGGCGGUGGUGCAUCUGGGGUGGAAAGUGCUGGCACCGCCUCAUACAAACUUGGAUUUCAUCGAGUCCAAAUUUGCCGUGAUGCACAUGAUCCUGACCGAGUUUGCCAAUUUCUGGGACUUGCCCUCGACGUUGCAGGAGAACCUGUCGGGGGUGGAGGGGAAGUUGAGCCUCUUCACUCGGCAACAAGCACGUCGAAGCUCGCACAGUUCAGGCCGCGUGCGGAAUCAGGGCGGUAGUGGUGGUACAGCAGUGAAUCCUCCAAAUGGAACGUCGAGCACCACCGCUCUGACGACGGACGGGUCAUCAUCAUCAGCGUCCGAGGUACUGGCCGCCAAUACCAUGAUCAACUUGGCCAAUGAUCAGGCGCAACACGCGGGACGGGCAUCCUCGAUACCGCAUCGCCCUUCGACGGUAACCAACAACAGCAACCCGAACCCUGGUCCUGGUCCUGGUCCUGGCCAGGGGCCCGGGCCCGAAUCUACCGAUUGGCUUCCGCCGAACACUACCGGCAGCAGCUACUGUCGACGAGAUUCGCAAACGGUUUUCACGCCGCGUUCCAUCACUGUCCGCGGUGCUAACUCUAACUACCCUAACACCGGCGGCAGUACCGGCGGUGGGGGUGAUGACCAGUUCAUUUUCGAUGACUCCUGGCUGAUGACCACUAGUGGCAGUGGUGGUGGCGGCAGCAACAACAUGGCGGUCCUCAACGAGACAUUCCCAGCCCAAGACAAUGCUGCUCAUCCGCCACGCGGGCUAUGGGAUGACCUUCAAUUGGAUCUGGACUUUGCCAUGGAUCCAGAGAGUCUGUUCCAAGGUAUCAUGAAUUACAACUGA